AUGAUUUAUCUGUGCCCUGGGCUCCACCCUCACCGCCUGCCGCCUCCUCCUCCGCGGACUCCAGCAGCUUUCGCGCCAGAGUCCACCAGUCCUCGCACUCUCCUCCUCCCGCUGCGUCGGGUCUCCGCCUGCUCCACCACGUCAGAUGCAGCCGUGGACACCGGCUCCGAGAUCACCACCAAGGACUUGAAAGAGAAGAAGGAAAUUGUGGAGGAGGCAGAGGAUGGAAGAGACGCACCUGCCAAUGGGAACGCUAAUGAAAAUGGGGAACAGGAGGCUGACAAUGAAGUAGAUGAAGAAGAGGAAGAAGGUGGGGAGGAAGAGGAAGAGGACGGAGAUGAAGAUGAGGGGACCGAGGCAGGGCGGUGCGAGCGGACAGCUGAAGAUGAUGAAGAUGAUGAUGUUGAUACCAAGAAGCCGAAGACCGAUGAGGAUGACUAG